AUGGGCUCCGUCGUUCUCCCCCAUCUCUCCAGCGGCUGGCACGUCGACCAAGCCAUCAUGUCGGAAGAAGACCGCCUGGUCGUCAUCCGCUUCGGCCGCGACUGGGACAAAGACUGCAUGCGCCAAGACGAAGUCCUCUACCGCAUCGCCGACCGCGUAAAGAAUUUCGCCGUCGUCUACGUGUGCGACCUCGACCAAGUGCCCGACUUCAACCAAAUGUACGAGCUCUACGAUCCCAUGACCAUCAUGUUCUUCUUCCGCAACAAGCACAUGAUGUGUGAUUUUGGAACCGGCAAUAACAAUAAGUUGAAUUGGGUGUUGGAAGACAAGCAGGAGUUGAUUGAUAUCAUCGAGACGAUCUAUAGGGGUGCGAAGAAGGGUAGGGGUUUGGUGGUCAGUCCCAAGGAUUACUCGACUAGGUACCGCUACUAG